GCAGACGGCAGACGACACCAUGGUUUUCAUCUUCAACGUCAACUUCCCGGGGCCCGCCCUGCUCAAGAAAUCGCUCGAGACCUUUUACGGCGUCGGUCCCGAUGUGUCGCGCCGGCUGAUGAGCCGCUUCCUGCUGCACGAGCGGACGAGAGUGGGCGCGGUUCCGCAAUCCACUAUCUUGGAGUUGAACGCCGAACUGUCCAGCAUGAAGCUCGAGAACGACCUUCGUCGCAGUAUCCAGGACAACAUCAAGCGUCUUAGGGACAUGGGCACGUACCGCGGUAGGCGGCACGCCAUGGGUCUGCCCGUCAGAGGACAGAAGACCAGGAACCAGAUCCAAACUGCGCGGAGGCUCAACAGGAUGGAGCGCAAGUAGCCGUCGGGUUUUUAAGCGUUCUAUUGUAUCAUAUCAAUAUCAGCUGGGGCAUAUGGGCGGCGCAAUGGCAAGGAAUGGAUUGAAUUGGCUUUAUUCUUGCUGCAAGUACGCUGUGCAGCCUAUACUGUUGGUAUGACCUUCAGUCUGAUCAAGACUUCAGUCCCAAAACAAUUGGCUGAUCUUGACUGAUCCUUGGCUGCUUGUGGAUGCCGCAGGCCAAGUCACGCGGCUGGCUUGUUCACCAGUACAAUCCAGUGCCAAACUCUUCACGCAGCCUACACGAGUUUCACC